AUUCUCAAAUUUGUUUUUGUAUAACUUCAUUGUAAAUUUCUGCUUCAGUGGCGAUUUUCAGCUUGAUCUUCACAUUUUGAAUAACUUAGCGACUAAAUGGAUGAUCUGCUAUCAGUUGCUUUGAGCGAAGCAGGUCUAGAAGAAUUUCUUACACCUGCGCCGUCGUCGUCCAAUUCAGUUGCACCAUCCGAAGCAGACACUCCGUCCAGCAGCGGGAUCUCUCCUGCCCCAUCAAUAUCAUCACCUCGAACAAAUGCUGAGGUCGCAUCUACACCUCAAUCCGUUACUUUCCGUGAAGAGCAAGGUGAAGAGGCUCCGCAGCUGGAGUCGUUUCCCGAUCAUCCUCCAGAUGAUCCAAGUAUGAGUGAUCAUGUUGCGACAUCGUCACCGUCUACGUCGACUGUGCGUGAAGCUGUGGCGUGUCCACCCGGAGUUGGUGUUGUGAGAAAGUUGUCCGCACCUUGUAACAUAGUCUAUAGGCAAGCUGGUACACCAUCUAAACCGGGAACACCGAUUCGAACAACGAAGCAAGUCAGGAUCUCGUAUCCGGCCGAGUCCGGUACAGCACAGCUGUUCAAGCAAACUGUACAUACGCCCGAUGGACCGCGAACGCAAGUUUUGCGGCCAUUCAUCAAUGAACGUGGACAAACUGUAUAUAGAGCUGUACGAACGAUUCCCGCAUCCGCCGUCAGGGGUGUGGGAGUUCGUAGGAUUGUUCGAAACGUAGCCGAUAAUGUAGGUACCACUACAUAUCAGCAAUCUUCGCCAGACUCUACAAAAGAACCGCAGAGGAUUGUAGUGUAUCGACAGAGUACGCCUGGAGGUGGGACCGUUCUUGUGCGAAAAACAUUUCCCGCGGGUACAUCUGUGCCAAGAACCGUGAAUGUUAGCAAUGGUGGUGUAGUAAGACGAUUUGUCACGCGGGAGGCAGUCGCUCGCCCAUUAGGAACCUCAGAUGCUUAUUCACGGGGAGCAACGCGCGGUAAUGUUCAAUACAGAACCGCUGGCCAGUAUGUCGCUGUGUCUCCUGCAUCGACAUCACAAUCUCCCCAAAUUAUUAGAGGAGGAACUGUCGUCAGACGUGCAGUAACAACGAACGGAGCAGUUCCAGGCACGAGAGUGACAAGAUAUGCUGCUGUUCCUGUGAGGUCGAGGUUGGGCUAUUCUUCAUCUUCUCCUGAUCUUUCGACAUGGUCAUCUUACUCACCUUCGAAUGCAUCUAGUAUGGGUGACAUUGAAUCUGACCCUGCCGCCAUCGCAAACGGAGAAAUGUCGGAUGUGGUCUUUGAGCAUCAUGGUACGUCCACUCAGAAUAUACCUGGUUACAGACAACAGUACUAUACCGCCCAACGCAGACCGCCUUUGCGACCAGGUGAAAAUGUUCGCCGGCCGCAUCCUGCUGCUGUGAAUUCGGCUUCUGCCACACUUCUUCAGCACAGAACAAUAGGGCAAACAGCACGAAGAUUGCCUGCAGCUGGAGCCGAAGUUGCAGCUUCUGUUGGUGCUUUUGAGCAUUUGGACGUCAAGAGAAUGUUAUCUGCCAACCCAGCUGCUGUUCCUGCUAGUAAUGUUUCAUUGCCAGCACCUACUGCUCCACCUUCAAAGUACUACACGAAAUCACAAAAAGCAAAGGAUGAAAUGCGACUUGCUCAUCAGACUGCGACAGAGAAACGCUCAGAGAUAGACGAAGAUGAGGAAAAUCUUGGUUAUGCGGAAACAUAUGCUGAUUAUGUACCAGCAAAACUUCGCUCAGGUGUUUCACAUCCGGAUAGCGUGGUGGAGACUGCAUCGUUGAGUAGUGUAGCUCCACCGGAUGUUAAAUAUCAGAUUAGUAUUCCUGAAUAUCUUAUCGAUAAUGGAUCCAUAUCUGCCUUACAACUCGAAGCAGUCAUAUAUGCUUGUCAAAUGCAUCAGCAGCGGCUUCCUAGUGGGGAACGAACGGGUUAUUUGAUAGGUGACGGUGCUGGAGUGGGAAAGGGACGUACUGUAGCAGCGAUAAUAUUCGAAAAUUAUCUCCUCGGACGAAAGCGAUCUAUUUGGUUGUCUGUUUCAUCUGAUCUGAAAUUCGAUGCCGAGAGAGAUCUACGAGAUAUUGGAGCUGGAAACAUUAUGGUAUAUGCUCUCAACAAGCUGAAAUACGCGAAGAUUUCCGGGAAAGAGAAUGGAAAUAUCAAGAAGGGAGUCAUUUUUGCUACAUAUUCGUCAUUAAUAGGCGAAUGCCGAGGAGCUAGAGCUAAAUAUCGAAGUCGAUUGAAACAGUUGAUCCAGUGGUUUGGAGUGGAUUAUGACGGCGUGAUAAUCUUGGAUGAAUGCCAUCGAGCCAAGAAUCUGGUGCCAACCACUGGUGCGAAACCGACAAAGACAGGUCGUAUGGUUCUAGAACUCCAAAAAGCAUUGCCUAAUGCUCGUGUUGUUUAUGCGUCCGCCACUGGAGCUACUGAGCCGAGGAAUAUGGCAUACAUGACCAGACUUGGGUUAUGGGGACAAGGUCAGGCUUUUCCGGAAUUUACCAACUUCAUCAACGCUGUGGAAAGGAGAGGAGUAGGUGCGAUGGAAAUUGUCGCUAUGGAUAUGAAGCAACGUGGUCUUUAUCUCGCUCGCCAGCUUUCAUUCCGCGGUGUAUCAUUUACGGUACAGGAAGUUCCUCUUUCGGAUGAGUUUGUGAAAAUCUAUGAUGACUCUGUGAAAUUGUGGUUGGAGUGUCGUCGACAAUUCCAGAAUGUCUUGAGUGCUAUGACGGGUGAGGAACGAUCGUCUUGUAAACAACUGUGGGGGCAGUUUUGGGCUUGUCAUCAGCGAUUUUUCAAAUAUCUCUGCAUUGCUGCUAAGGUUGAUGCUUGUGUGCAGAUGGCUCGCGAUGCUAUCAAGGCUAAUAAAUGUGUUGUGAUCGGCCUACAGUCUACCGGUGAAGCUCGAACUUUGGAAGCUCUCGAAGAUAUGGGCGGCGAGUUGACUGAAUUUGUGUCCACUGCAAAAGCUGUUCUCCAAGGCUUGAUUGAGCGACAUUUUCCUGUCGACGUGGGCAGCAUCGAUAUAUACCGGGACUUUGAUUUCGGGUUGGACGACUUUGAGCGAAAGAGGCGUAAAAUGCGAAACGGUGGCAGUGACUUUUUGGAUCAGCUAGGUUUCGGUUCAUCUUCGCUUUCACUUGGAUCAUCAAGUGAACCUCGUGCGAAAAGGGCACGGCCUGAUGAAGAUCAGAACUCGACUACGUCAUCUUCAAGCGACGAGGAUUAUGGUGAUCUAGACCAAGAUUCCGGUUUGGAAGAUGACGAAGAUGUUUCGGAGGGGGAAUCCAAUCUAGAAGACGGCGACGACUGGUUGAAAGCCUUACUUGCUGAAGCAGCGUCUUCAAGUUCAGAUGAAGACGAUCCAACGGAUAAGAAUCAAGCUGAGAAUAAUGGCAGUGGAAAUGAGACUAAUGGUACUGAUCAGAAAGGAAGUGCUGGUGAAGAGGAGUUCAAUCCUUUUGACUGCGAUUUUACAGAUGAUCCAUGGGCAUCAAAGCAACAAGUAGUCGAAGACUCACCGAGAAAGCAAAAGCAGACUAAAUCUAACGAAGAACUCGAAGAACUUCGACAACGACGUCGAGCUAGACGUAAACGUCGAAAGAAGCGCAUGAGGCGGUUAGCACGCGAAGCAGAAAUGAAAAAACGGCGAGAUUUUGAAAGUGAUGCUAUGAAAAACACCGCAACUCAGUUCAUAUCGUCAUCUCGCAUCAUUGAUCCCUUGUCUAAUGAAAGUAUUAACCCUAAGAUGAUAAAGGCUGAAUUGUUGUCAGCAGUAGAGCGUCUUGGACCUUCACUACCACCUAACACUCUUGAUCUACUUAUAGAUCAACUGGGAGGGCCUGAAUAUGUUGCAGAGAUGACCGGAAGAAAAGGUCGCAUAGUCACAAGAGAGGAUGGGGAAGUUGAAUAUGAACUAAGACACGCGGGUGCCGAUGUUCCAUUAGAACUCAUGAAUAUGGACGAAAAGGACAAGUUCAUGAAAGGCGAAAAGAAGAUUGCUAUAAUAUCCGAAGCAGCAUCAAGUGGAAUUUCUCUACAGUCUGAUCGCCGAGCGCAAAACACUCGCCGUCGCGUCCAUAUUACGCUAGAACUGCCAUGGUCUGCGGAUAAGGCUAUACAACAAUUUGGUCGUACACAUCGCUCCAAUCAAGUUAGCGCUCCGGAAUACGUUUUCCUCAUUUCCGAACUUGCUGGAGAAAAACGAUUUGCGUCGAUUGUUGCGAAGCGACUUGAAUCGCUUGGUGCAUUAACGCAUGGUGACCGAAGAGCUACUGAAACUAGAGAUCUGUCGCAGUUCAAUCUGGACAAUCGUUAUGGUCGUGAUGCUUUGGAAGUGUUGCUAAAAUCUGUCAACGGCGCGCUUUCUCCGCCACUUAUUCCUCCACCAGCGGAUUACAAGCCUGGUGACUUCUUUCAAGACAUGCGAUUAUACAUGGAAGGUGUCGGCUUGUUGGCGAAACAGCCAAAUAAUACGUACACGAUAGAACGUGAGGCGGCGACUAUAUCUAAGUUCCUUAAUCGCAUACUUGGUAUUCCUGUACACGCUCAGAACGCUUUGUUCCAAUAUUUUACGUCGAUCGUCGCCGAAUUGAUAGCGCAAGCGAAAUUAGAUGGCACUUAUGAUAUGGGCAUCAUGGAUCUGGGGACCGGUGGAGAUCAAGUCCGUAAACUGGAAACCCGCGUGUUUGUUGGAAGAGCAGAAAAGGGCGGUUUUCGUGUUGAAAUGCAGAAGAUUGGCGUUGAGAGGGGACUGUCAUGGGAUGAAGCCUAUGCUUUGUACAAAGAGCACAACUCAGACGAGGAUGGCUUCUAUGUCUCAAAUAAUGCAAAUGGUGGUCGUCAAGUGGCUGUACUGGUUUAUGGCAUUGGAAAGCGUCGUUUUGACAAUGGAGCACGAUUAUAUGCCGUCACUCGACCAUCUAUCGGAAGAUCACCAAAAUUGAUCACCAUGGCGGAGAUUAGUAAACGUUUCAUCAAAGUUCUGCCCGAUGAUGCUAAAAAGUUGUGGGAGGAUCAGUACGCAGGUGCUAUCGAUAACUGUCAUCACACUUAUGUCCACGGCAAAUGCAAAAGCGAAGCAAUGGGAGUAUACUGUGAAGUUGGUCGGCGUACGCGUACGUACUUCGUUCUCUCCGGCUCAGUUCUGUCGGUGUGGCCUGUUGUCGAAGAAGUAUUGUCGGAUCGUGAUCGACGUGCCUCCCGCAUGCAAGUAAUACGAGUACGAACAGACCAGGAUCAAAAGAUAGUUGGAGUGUUGGUUCUGCCACAUUUUGUUCGAACGCUUGUUGCUCGUCUUGAAGAGCAUUGCUCCCGAUGCUUUGUUGAGGCGAAGAAAGAAGAUAAUGGCCAGAAACCAUCACAGGCGUGAGGUAUCGGGUGCUUGACUAAUAAAAAAUGUGGUGCUUAUAAUUACUGUUUACAUUGUAUGAAAAUUGUAUGUUUUAUCUGAUGAGGCUUUAUUUUUUUCCAUCUUGCGCCUUUUAACUGAAGAAUAUAUUGGGACGUUUUAGCUCUUGAUUUUCUUAUGCUUAGGAACCUAUUUUUCGUUUUCCGAGCUUCAAUCCCUUAGGCGGUUCUUGAUAUGUGCUCAUUGUGUUGUUAUUAUUGUUAUGAUGUCCAUGGUUGUUAGCGCUGUUUCUGUUUUGACGAGAAAGAAAAGUUGGGUAUCUGUGAAUCAACACACUUAUUAAAAAUAUGCAUAUCGUGUUGACUCUCAUUCAUCCUUCACCAAUAAUUGUCAUUGGCAUUCUCUUUUCUGAUGACAAACGUUUUAGCUAGGAAUGUACACUCUUGUUGUUAGCCGUCUAUUUUUGCCUUCUUCUUCUGUACUGGACUCUAUUAGUCACGGACGUCGGUUAAUCUUGUGCAUUGGGUCGCAGUCGUUGUACGUUUCAAAAUGUGUGAGAAAUAUAGACUUUAUCUGUUA